AUGGAUAAUAAUCAAAUUCCAAAAAAUUCACCAGAGUCAUCUGCAAUCAAUUCAGCAGAGUCCUCACCAAAAUCAAAUGUUAGUAGUGAUGUUUUACAUGAAAAUCAUCACAAAGAACAACAACAACUCCAACAACAACUUCAACAAGAACAACAACAACAACAACUUCCAACAACACCUCAAUCAGAACCAACUCAACGUGUUAAUAACAAUGAAGAAGGUAUUGAGAUGGAUAGAAUUGCCGAAAAUUCAAAUAUUAAUGUUCCAUCAGAUGUUGGAGAAUCAUCCUUGAAAACCAUUUCAGGUUACCCAAGCAGUAAAAAUACUGAAGCUGGUAGCAGUAGUAGUGGUAAAAAGGAAGAAGAUUAUAACUAUAGAUCAACUUGGGUACCAAAACUUCAUCAAGAAUUAUUUGAAAAUCCAGAAGUUUUGGAGUCAAGAAGAACUAAACAAAGAGCUUCCAAUUAUAGAAAAACUCUUGAAAGAGAAAAAGAAGGUAUCAAACCAUUAGAUAAUAUUUUAGAAGAAUUAAAAGCAAAUGCAAAUGGUUUAACAAAAGCUGAAGCUCAAAAAAGAUUAGAAGAAGUUGGACCAAAUGCAAUUCCAGAUGUUAAAAGAUAUCCAAUUUUAGAAUUUUUAUAUUUUAUGUGGAAUCCAUUAUCAUGGACUAUGGAAGUUGCAGCUAUUGUAUCAAUUGCAUUAUUAGAUUGGGUUGAUUUUAUAUUGAUUUGUGCAUUAUUACUUUUGAAUGCAACCAUUGGUUUCAUUGAAGAGAAUACAGCAGGUAAUGCAGUAGAGGCUUUAAAGAAUUCAUUGGUUAGUCAAAUCCGUUGUAUGAGAGAUGGUGAAUGGGUUAUGUUACCAUCACCAGAUCUUGUACCAGGUGAUGUUGUAAUGUUAAAGAUUGGUGCCAUUAUUCCAGCCGAUUGUAGAGUUAUCGAAGCUGAACAAGUUAAAAUCGAUCAAUCUUCAUUGACAGGUGAAUCUUUACCAGUCACUAAAAAGAUUGGUGAUGAAGUUUACUCUGGUUCAGCAAUGAAACAAGGUGAAGCAAAAUGUGUUGUCACUGCAACUGGUGUAAACACUUUCUUUGGUCGUGCUGCAAAUUUAGUACAAGAAACCGAAGGACAUGGUCAUCUUCAAGUUAUUCUUAGAAAUAUUGGUCUCUUUUGUAUUAGUUUCAUCGCCAUUUGGGUACUCGUUGAAUUAUUAGUUGAUUUCUUGGGUUACGAUGGUUAUUGUCAUGGUGUUGGUGGUGGUCGUUGUUUACCAUUGAACAAUGCUUUGGUUUUAUUGGUUGGUGGUAUUCCAAUUGCUAUGCCAACUGUACUUUCAGUAACCAUGGCUAUUGGUGCAACUCAACUCUCUAAAAAGAAAGCCAUCGUCUCUCGUUUAGCAUCCAUUGAAGAAUUGGCUGCUAUGGAUAUCUUAUGUUCCGAUAAAACUGGUACUCUCACUUUAAAUAUUUUAACCGUUGAUGAACCAUUACCAGUUGGCGAUACACCAAAAGAAGAUAUUGUUUUCCAUGCAUUCUUGGCUUGUUCCGAAGGCGAAGACCAAGAUGCAAUCGAUAAGGCAAUCUCAAACUAUUGUCGUGAUACCUAUCCAAAUGUUGACUACUCUGGUAAUGAAAUCGUUAAACAUUACCCAUUCAACCCAGAAGAUAAAAAAGCAAUGGGUCUUGUAAAUGCAAAUGGUAAACAAUUUAAAACUGCCAAAGGUGCUCCACAAAUCAUUUUAAGAGAAGCUGAUAAUUACAAACAAGUUGGUGAAGCCGUUGAAAAAGAAAUUGAAAAUCUUGCUGAUCGUGGUUAUCGUGCUUUGGGUGUUUCAGUCUCUUAUGAUGCACCAGACUUUAAGGUAUGGCAUUUCGAAGGUUUAAUUCCACUCUUUGAUCCACCAAGACAUGAUACUGAGGAUACCAUCAAACGUGCACUCGAAAUGGGUGUAUCAGUUAAAAUGAUCACUGGUGAUCAAUUGGCUAUUGCUAAAGAAACCGCAAGACGUUUAGGUAUGGGUGGUAAUCUCUUUACUAUUCCAUAUCUUGAAAACAAUGAUUUAGGUAUCUCUGAAGGUGAAGUCAUUGAAAUGGCUGACGGUUUCGCAGAAAUGUGGCCAGAACACAAGUACAAAGUCGUAGAUCAACUCCAAAAGAGAAAACAUGUAGUUGGUAUGACUGGUGAUGGUGUUAAUGAUGCACCAGCCUUAAAGAAAGCUCAAAUUGGUAUUGCUGUAGCAGGUGCUACCGAUGCUGCUCGUUCCGUCUCUGAUAUUGUCUUAACAUCAUCUGGUCUCUCUGUUAUUAUCGAUGCAAUUAUCUCAUCUCGUAAGAUUUUCCAACGUAUGAGAAAUUACGUUAUCUACUCUGUUGCUGCAACCGUUCGUAUUUGUACAACCUUUGGUAUUCUCACAGUCGCUUGGAACUUUAAAUUCCCAACCAUUGCAACCGUUAUCAUUGCCAUUUUGAAUGAUGGUACCAUGUUAACAAUCUCUAAAGAUCGUGUAAGAGCUAGAAAUGAACCAGAUCAAUGGAAUCUUUUCGAAGUAUUCACUAUGGCACUUUGUUAUGGUUUCUAUUUAGUAGGUUCAACCAUUGUAUUCUUUGCAAUCAUUCAUGAUGGUACUUGGUUCCAUGAUGCUAUCAAUCUUCGUAUCUUAACCGAUAAUGAACUUCGUGGUCUCAUCUAUCUUCAAGUCUCUAUCUCUGGUCUUGCAACUAUUUUCGUAUCACGUAGUCAAGGUUUCUCUUACUUUGAACGUCCAGGUAAUCUUGUAAUCUUUGCUUUCGUUAUGUCUCAAAUUGUUGCUACCUUUAUUGGUGUCUAUGGUUUCCGUGGUUAUCCACAUGAUUCCUUUUCCGAUAAUCCAGAUUAUCCAGUACAUGGUACAAAUUUCCAAGGUUGUGGUUGGGGUUGGGCUGUUUGUGCUUGGAUUUGGUGUUUCCUUUGGUACAUUCCAAUGGAUUUCAUUAAAUUAGGUGUCACCUAUAUUCUCCGUGGUAAGAUUGAACCAAUCAAUAAAGAUGCACUCCGUAAAAUCUAUGGUUGGUUUGGUAAAGAAAUCCCAAAGGAAGCAACUCAAGUCUCUCAUAAAGUUGCUGAACAACAAGCUAAAAGAGAUGCUUUACAUGCACAAGAAACCCAUCAUAAAUCUGUUGUUACCGAUAAUAAAGUUUAA